AUGUCUAGCUCUAGUCCAGCCGGCAUGACCAAUCCGGCUGUAUGGAAGCUGAAGGAGAUGCUUAUUGAAUGGAGACUGACGGAAUUAACCCCUGAGGAUGUUAUGGCGCUGAAUUCGGCAGAUCUCGACUUCAGCGAGCUUGCCGUAUUUGAUCCCAACGAACUGGAAGGGGUCGAGUCUGGAGCGCCUCUGUACACUGGUCAUGACCUCUACGCUGCUCCCCGGGUGGGAGGAUCGGAACUCUUGAAGGAUGGUGUGUUUGCGAUUCUCAAAGCAAACAAAGCUUUGGUACCCAAGGUUCGAGAAUUGCUUGACAAGGAACUUCUUCAAUCAGGUUACGGGAAGGAUUAUUUGGGAAAACGUACCAAUACAAUGCAAAAGGCUACUGCGCUUGCCAUCCAUCGAUGUACAGGCACCUUGAGACCUUUCUCCGAUGGCGAGUUCAAAAACCUCGAUAGAGGCAAACAUGGAUUUGAAGUCUUGGUAACAACGUUGCGAAACGGCCAUCCUCAAAACCGCGAGACCACAAGCCUUUACUUCAGGUAUACCACAAAAUACCACGAGUUCAUAGAAGAGCUGCGAAUUACCACCCACAAAAGUGCCAUACCACCUAUCAAUGUCGCCCAGCUGCACAGCUACGAUAAGAAUGAAGUGGCAGAUACCCAAUCUAAGGCUUCAGGGAUUGCUUUCCCAACACUUCCGCACUCUUUCACAGCUCCAUCCGGCCCAUCAUCACCUCGAUUCCAGAGCCAACGAGAUGUGCAGGGUUAUACUCUUGCGGACGGGCCUUGGCUGUACAGGGUUGCCCUCAAUCUCAAUGUUAUUUCAAACUGUAAAGCUGGAGCUCCACCGGAUCGAGAGAUCAAGGACGCGGAUACGUACCGGGAAAUGAUCGACUUCCUAAAGGAUCAGGGGAAGAAGAAGACUGCAGAAGCCGUUAUUACCGUCCUGGUCAAACAUUCUCUAGACGAGGAGGCCUGCAGACGCUGGAGACACCAUUUGGAGGAGGAGGCUGCCGAAGAACAGCGAUACGCACAACGAAUGAAGAGCCUGGGCAGGCAGCACGGCGAAGAAUCCGAUAUCGGAGAGCCAUACAUGGCCGCCCAGACGAGACGGCUCGCCGCUCAGCGAAAGGCCGGCCUCAGCAAAUAUUGGGACGCUACCCACGGUAGGGAAAUUACGAGCGAACUGAGCAGAGCACGCAUAGAAGCGCGGAAGGCGAUGGCUGAAGCUGGACUCCUUUCUCGGAGCGAGAUAGAUGACGCCAUGAAGGGCAGAGAGAAAGUUGAACGAGCUGCUUUCUACGCGGAGCUUGAGAAGAGGACCAAGGGAUCCCGGGACCAAGAUGACUUCCAGAGACGUCUAGAAAACUUGUGGCCUUGA